AUGGAAACAGUUCGUCGGUGUCAAAUUAAGUUAUUAGAUGAUAGAAAAAUUGAAUUAUCAAUAAAUGCUAAACAAACUGUUUCGGAAAUGACUGACGAAAUUGCUCGCCAAUACAAUUUAACUGAAACAGAAUAUUUUGGUUUAUAUUAUGAAGAAAAUACUUCUAAAGAUUUAUUUUUGAUUAUUCCAAAAAAACUUUCUGUUAUACUGGGUAAUAGUAAAACAUGA